AUGGAUGACUUAUUCGAUGUUUUCGAAGACAAGCCAGGAGCUUAUGUCUCAGACGACGAGUCCGCAAAACCUCGACCAAAAAAAGACAAGAGCAAAAAGCGGCAAGCAAACGGAGAUGUGAAAGCCAAAAAGCAAGACUCAAAACUCGAGGACGACGACGUCCUACCAGACGCCCCAGCUGCGACGAAUGGCACAGAUCACUCUGUCGAAGAGAAUGGCCGGCCAGAAGCGAAGCGUCAACGCAUUCAGGACGUACCAGCAGCGGUCGUCGCCGAUUCCUUCGAAACAGAGCAGGAACGAGAAGUAGCUGCCUCAGCCGGCCUACAAGCUACCCAAGAUACAGGCGCCGUCGUGCUCUCGCAUCAAGUCCGCCACCAAGUCGCAAUUCCACCAAAUUACCCGUAUAUUCCUAUCGCACAACAUGUGCCUCCCGAGGAGCCUGCUCGGGUCUGGCCGUUUACCCUUGAUCCUUUCCAGCAGACCGCUGUCCAUUCGAUACAAAGAGAAGAGAGUGUUUUAGUUUCGGCCCAUACAAGUGCUGGAAAAACAGUUGUGGCAGAAUAUGCUAUUGCGCAAAGCUUGAAGAAGAACCAGAGAGUCAUCUACACUAGUCCUAUCAAAGCUUUGAGUAAUCAAAAGUACCGAGAGUUUGCGGCAGAAUUUGGCGACGUGGGUUUGAUGACUGGCGAUGUUACAAUUAACCCUACUGCAACAUGCCUUGUCAUGACUACGGAGAUUUUGAGAUCUAUGCUUUACCGUGGUUCUGAGAUCAUGCGAGAAGUAGCAUGGGUCGUCUUUGACGAGAUCCACUACAUGCGUGACGCAACUCGUGGUGUUGUUUGGGAAGAGACUAUCAUUCUACUCCCAGACAAGGUUCGCUACGUGUUUUUGUCUGCAACUAUCCCCAACGCUAUGCAGUUCGCAGAAUGGAUUGUCAAUCUGCAUCAUCAACCAUGUCACGUCGUUUACACUGAUUUCCGACCCACGCCGUUACAGCAUUAUUUCUUCCCUGCUGGUGCGGAAGGAAUCCAUCUAGUUGUCGACGAAAAGGGUGUUUUCCGAGAAGAUAACUUUCAGAAGGCAAUGAGCACUAUUGCCGAAAACAAAGGCGACGAUCCGGCAAACGCUCUUGCGAAUCGCAAAGGUAAAGGCAAAGACAAGAAGUUCAACAAGGGAGCCAACAAGGGUCCAUCUGAUAUUUUCAAGAUCGUCAAGAUGAUCAUGCUCAGAAGCUACAACCCCGUCAUUGUCUUCAGUUUCAGCAAGCGUGAAUGUGAAGCAAAUGCUUUGCAAAUGAGUAAAAUGGCUUUCAACGACGAUUCCGAGAAAGAAAUGGUUUCCAAAGUCUUCAACAGCGCUAUCGAGAUGCUUUCUGAAGAAGACCGACAGCUCAAGCAGAUUCAGAACUUGUUGCCUUUGUUGCGACGUGGUAUCGGUAUUCAUCACGGAGGUCUGCUUCCUAUUUUGAAAGAGACCAUUGAAAUCUUGUUUCAAGAAGGUCUUCUCAAGGUACUUUUUGCAACCGAAACGUUCUCUAUCGGAUUGAACAUGCCUGCCAAAACAGUUGUUUUCACAAGCGUGCGGAAGUUUGAUGGCAUUGACACCCGCUGGGUUACACCGUCUGAGUUUAUCCAAAUGUCAGGACGAGCUGGUCGAAGAGGUCUGGAUGAGCGUGGUAUUGUGAUAAUGAUGGUUGGCGAAGAAAUGGAACCGGCCGUUGCCAAGGAAAUUGUGCGUGGUGAACAGGAUCGACUCAACUCUGCUUUUCAUCUAGGAUACAACAUGGUUCUAAAUUUGAUGCGAGUUGAGGGCAUCUCCCCAGAAUUCAUGCUGGAAAAGUGCUUUUAUCAAUUCCAGAACACUGCUAGUGUUGCUGGUCUGGAGAAAGAACUUGCGGAGCUUGAGACUAAGCGGAUCAAUAUGAACAUUCCCGAUGAACCGACCAUUCAGGAUUACUAUGAUUUACGAAAACAAUUGACAAGAUUUACUUCUGACAUGCAGGAGGUUAUCAGCCAUCCCGAUUACUGCUUACCCUUCCUACAACCGGGACGUCUUGUGCAUAUCACGCAUCAAGGUAAUGACUUUGGAUGGGGCGCCGUUGUGAACUACAAACAGCGGAGAUCAAAGAACCCCAAUGAAAUCCUCGCCCCCCAAGAGUCAUAUAUUGUGGAUGUCCUAUUACAGGUUGCGGAAGGGUCUUCCACCGGCACUCGCACUCAUACCGAACUGCCACCCGGCAUUCGACCACCUAAAGAGGGCGAAAAGAGUCAUAUGCAGGUCGUGCCGGUGCUCUUGAAGUGUCUACAAUCUAUAUCUCACGUGCGAAUCUUCCUUCCCAAAGAGGUCCAAACGGUAGAUUCUCGGGCAAGUGUCAAGCGAUCUCUUGACGAAAUUAAGAAGCGAUUUCCGGAUGGUCUGGCCCUCCUUGAUCCAAUCGAGAACAUGAACAUUACGGAUGACUCCUUCAAGAAGCUUAUGAGGAAAGUUGAGGUGCUCGAAUCACGACUCUUGGCUAACCCUCUACACAAUUCGCCUCGUUUGCCAGAGUUAUACGACCAAUACUCAGAAAAAGUUGAAUUGGGCGUUCAAAUCAAGGCCGUCAAAAAGAAAAUAUCUGACGCUAUGUCGAUUAUGCAAAUGGAUGAAUUGAAAUGUCGCAAACGAGUCCUUCGGCGACUCGACUUCAUCAACAAGGAAGAAGUUGUCCAGCUCAAGGCUCGAGUAGCAUGCGAGAUCAGCACUGGUGAUGAACUCAUGCUGAGUGAGCUGUUGUUCAACGGUUUUUUCAACAACCUCACACCCGAACAAAUCGCGUCUGUCUUAAGUUGCUUCGUGUUCGAGGAAAAGGCUAAGGAUACACCUGCACUGACUCGGGACGAGCUAGUCAAGCCGCUCAAAGAAAUCCAGAAUCAAGCUCGGAUCAUCGCCAAGAUUUCCAUGGAAUCGAAAUUAGCGGUUAAUGAAGAAGAAUACGUACAAAGCUUUCACUGGGAGCUUAUGGAUGUGAUUUAUGAGUGGGCUCACGGCAUGUCAUUUGCAGAAAUAUGUAAGAUGACGGAUGUUUACGAGGGUAGUUUGAUUCGAGUCUUCCGUCGUCUAGAGGAACUGAUGCGACAGAUGGCACAGGCUGCCAAGGUCAUGGGUAACGAGGAGCUUGAGCAGAAGUUUGAAACGUCUCUCACCAAGGUGCGCCGAGACAUUGUCGCCGCUCAAUCUCUGUACUUGUAA